UUUGGAGGCACAUAGGUUAUCUUUGGCAUUUACUCUUUCGUUAAUACCAUAGAUUAAUGCAUAACUUGGGCUUUCGGUUGAGAGCAGAGUCGGAUAUUUGGUGUUAUCGUUUCGGUAAACAAUGAAGUUGUCAUUUUCAAGGUGAAUGAGGUGGAGUAAUUUCAGAAUGCCAUUUGAAAUGAUGCGACUCUCCGAAAGCCGAACUCCAGUCGCGAAAACCUACUGACAAAACCACUGAUUAAAGUCAACUUCAUCACUCCCCACUUUGGCGAACAGGACGUAUAACCAGCAAGAAGAUACCUAAUGAUCCUGUUAAUUACAACAUGUGUGGUCACUUCUUCUGCAAGGCCUGUGUAAGAAAUGAUAAAAAUACUUGCCCUAUGUGUGGGAUUCCUUCUCUUGCCGUGGAGAUCACAUCUGAUAGACUCAUUGCAAAUUUGAUUAUGGGCUGGAGAAAAAUAUGCAGUACUAUAGGAUUCAAAAGCAGUAUUGAUUGUUUGGAUGAUAAAAAGGCUGUAUGUGGUGAUAAAGUUCAUGCCAAAGAAUCAGAAGUUAAGAAUGGCUCUGGAAAGUGUUCAGAUAAUAAAGAGGAUAUUAAGGUUUCUUAUAGAACUGCAGAUAUAUUUCCUGAUAGAAGCAGUUUAACAGGAGAAGAACCAAUGAGAAAGAAAGGAAGGCGCAACAAAGGUCAAGAGCCUUGCAUAUCUGAUACUCAGAAAUCUUCAACCAUCACAGUUGUGAGGAAAUCUCGAGUGUUUAGAAAUUCUGCUGCAAAAGGCAUAUAUAAACGGAAUGUAAAAGGAGAAACACAACUGCAUGUUGCUUGCCUAAAGGGUAAAGUUGAGGAAGUGAAAGCUCUUCUUUUAGAUGGAGCAAAUCCUAACACCAAGGACUAUGCUGGUUGGACACCUCUACUGGAUGCUGUGCAUUAUGGUUUUAUUGGUAUCACAGAGCUUCUGCUGAAAUAUGGUGCAAUGGUGAAUGUGCCUGGCUGUGACAAUAUUACACCUCUUCAUGAAGCGGUACUGAACAACAAAUUGGAAGCAGUAAAACUGUUACUAAUGUAUGGUGCUGAUCCUGAUGCCUGUGAUGUCAAAGGGAGGACACCAAAGGAUAUUUCCAAGACUGAGGAUAUGGAGACAGCUUUGAAUUCAGGAGCAAGUAUUUCAAUUAUGAAACCAUUGAUUGAAAUGAAAAUUCCAAGUCUAGAUCCUUGUCAGAUAAUUGUUUUUGGUUGUGGCCUCAAUAAGCAACAGCAUAAACAGCUCAUGACUUUGAUACAGCAGUUGAAACUCAAGAUGGUGCAGACUUAUUCGUCUGAAGUAACUCACAUUAUAGUGCCAACAGAUCCAAACAAUGUGUGUUCUGCAGACACUGACAUUAUUCAGGGAAUUCUUCAGGGUAAAUGGAUUGUGAAUUGCAAAUGGUUGGAUGUAUGUUUGAAAAUGAAUGAGUUGAUACACCCACAAGAGUUUGAAGUGAAAGGAACAAGUCAUUUUCCUAAUAGUGAAGCUCCAAAGAGGGGAAGGAUGAAUGCAGAUAAGCAGCUUCCAGGUAUCUUCAAUGGAUGUCAUAUUUACUUGGCUGGUGUUGGAGCUACAUAUAUGUUUGACAGUAUCAAGCUAAGCAAAACAGAUGUUGUGAAAUUAAUCCAAAGUGGAAAUGGAGUGGUGUUAACAAGGGAACCAGACCCAGAAAGUAUUCCACCCAAGGAAUGUACUGUUCCAUACCAUGCUUCACGGAGCAGUUCAUUAGCAAAAUGUUCACAUUAUGUUAUUUACAGGACAGGCAAAGAUGAACCCAAACUGAAAUAUAAUAUGACCCAUAUCAAAUCUUUAUCAGUCCAGUGGUUAUUUGAUUGUAUGGAAAGUUUCCAUUUAAUGGAACCCAUGUAAUACUUUGGGGUACAGUCAACAUUUUUGGGGGCAUUGUAAACUUAAGAAGGAAAAUAAUUUCUUAAUUUACACAGUAGAUAUGUUCCAGAUAAACAUGUAAAUGAAGAGAUAAUUUUCCAUAAGAGGGUUUAACUCCCAGGUGAUAAGAAUUGUGAACAUUUAUUCAUGUUAGAUGUUUAUAUAAUUGUGUAUAGUAUUAUGUUAAUGUUUGUCUUCAAAACUAUCCAUCAAUAAUACAUUGCCUGUUAGAGACAGUGUAACUGCUUUUCAGAUAAAACCAAAAUGAUUCAGGCAUAAAUGAAGAAGUACAGUUCUUUAACUGUUCCAAACUGAAGUUUAUAAAAGGAGAAGUGAUUGUAAUAAGGUGAAUGGAUGUAAGAUUUAAAAACAUUUAAUUCACCUUGUUUUUCAUGGCAUUUGAAGGUUAAUAGAAAUGUUUGGUAUAUCAUGUUAGAAAAAAUGUAUUGCAAUAUUUAAGAUUUGAUUUAAGCAGUUACGAGUCUUUUACUUUAAUUCUGUAUUUUCUAUCCUGAUACAGCAUUUAAUGGUGUUUAUUUCCUGAAUUGAUAUGACAUACAAUCACAUAGGAUUGAGUUGGUGACAUGUUAUGCUGUGGCAUAUAGUUUCCAAGAUUGUGUCAUUUACCUUUGAACUUGUUAGCCCAUAUGCCUUGUCCUUUAUUGAAUAUUAUUACUGCUACUUCCCAUCAAUAUAUAUAUAUAUAUGUUUAAAUUUACUUGUGCUCAGCUAUGUGUUAUAUGAAUAAAUGUAGAAGCAUUGCUACAU